AUGGAAGGGUUUGAUGCGUCCAACGAAAACGUCGAGGUGGAACUUCAAAGACAGCAGUUUGUUAAAGAAAAAAAUGACAUCGUUUGUGGCUUUCUCAAAGAAAAGGAAAUUAUUGAAAUUAUGCACAAGGAGGAAGUAGACGAUCUCGUGGCAAGGCACGAGCAAGAGAAGGAAUUGAUGCGAAAAGAAUUUCAAUUAGAAAAACAGGACCUGUUGCAAGAAUUUCAAAAACAACAGGUGGAAAGCGUAAACGAGUUUAAGCGUGAGAGGGAAAAUUAUGAAAGAAAAACAGCGAUGGAUCUUCAGUCGAGAGAAAGGAAUCUCGAAAUGAAAUACAAAGAGGAAAAGCUAAAGAUGAGGAGAGAAUAUGAGGAAAUUAUUGCCGAAAAAAACGAAGAAAUAAAAAUGAUACGAAGGGAAUUGCUCCGUGUUGAGCAUCAAGAAAAUUUAUCAGUUAGACACUUCCCGGACAGUGAUGUUUGUAUUACAAAAAUUGAACAUAACGAGGAAUUAAAACGACUAGCUGAAAAAUUUAAUGUUGAAAAGUUAGAACUCGUUAGGGAAUUUGAUCGAGACAAAGCGAAGCUUGUACAAGUGUUUUCAAACCAGGCGGAGCGUAUGAAUUCAAACUUUGAUCACGUAAAGCAAAGAAUGCAAGACGAUCAAGAAAAGGAGCUAGAAUUUAAACUAGAAAUUACAGAAAAGUUGCUUUCUGAAAAGUUCGAACUCGAGAAGAAAAGAAUGCUUCAGCAGUUUGAGCGCGAAAUGAAAGAAUUACAGGAAAGUUUAGAGUUUGGCUAUAAUGAGACACUUCUUGAGAAAAAGCAGACCAUCGAUGAUCUUGAGCAAGAAAAAAGGAGAUUGCUCAAUGCAUUACAUACUGAAAGAUUUAGUCUAGCCAGAAUUUAUAACCGUGAAAUGUCUUUACUUACAAAAUCAGAUCAAAUAACCAAAGAAGACGUCGAAGUUGCACUCAUCGAUGAAACUGCAAAACUGAAACAGCAAUAUGAGGAUGAAUUAAAUAAAAUGGAGCAACAACAUAAGCAGAAGAUUGAAGUGAUUAAAAGGAAGCAAAGACCAAUUCGGGAAUCAGAGCUUGAACAUCGCAAGGAAAUCGAGAAGUUGAAGAAAGACUUCGAAAAUGAGAAGGGACGUUUGGAAACUGAAUUCCGGAAGGAGCAGUUUAAUUUGUUGAAGAGUUUCGAGUUUGAGAAAAAUGACCUGCAACAGGAAUAUGAAGGAGUUAUAAAUGAAAAAGAAUUGGAAAUGCAACAGAGGGAAAGUGAUAUGAGGCAGCUCUAUGAAGAAGAACUUGAUAGGCUAAAAUCAAUUGUCGCGAAGCAACGAGAAGAGCUUGAGACCUCUAAACAGAAACUCACAGACUUAGCCGAUCAAACAGAGGAAUUUUUGAGCGAAAAAAACAGGAUAGAAGAAAAAUUUCUUAAAGAGAAUAAUCACCGCCAAAGCCUCCAGCAAACAAUGGAGGCAAAUAUCAAGACUUACGAGAGAAACAUGAAAGAAGUCGAAGCCUUUCACAAAAAGGAACUUGCCCAGCUAAGAAAAGAAAAAGAACAGUUGCAAAAAAUUGAAAGUGAAAAGAAAGAUUUGCAAAAGGAAGUCGACUCACUUAAAGUAAAGCUGGAGGAGGUACAAAUUGCUUCAGAAAAAGAGGCUGAGGUUGGCAGUUCGUUUGUUACAGAACCAACAGUUACUGUUGAUGGCGAAGCAUACAAAGAAAUUGAAGGGAUGAGGGUUGAUGUUAAAUCCAAACCAACAGAAACCAGAGAUGAAACAUUGAAAAGUGAGAAAGAAGAAAUGAAUGACUUUCUCCGAAAAAUUCGUGAAAGACUGAGGAGGUGCAUGAUCAAAGGAAAAGAGCCAAAAACGUUGGAGGAGUUUGAAAUGUCCUACAAACAAAUGAAGGAUGUCAUUAAUCAGGAAAUCGUUGAAAUUGACAAGAUCUGUGGUAGUAAAGAAAAUGGCGAACAUGAUAUCACCAUUUUGCUUCCAGAAGAGCCAACAUUUUCUUUGAAAGACCAAGUGCAAGCUGUAGAUGACCUUUUGGGAGAAGAAAAUACCAAAGGAAAUAUUGACAAAUCUACAAACGAGAAAAUAAAUCUACAAGUGAAAGGGCUGCUUAAGAAAGUUCAUAGAUCGCAUGAGCUAGAAAAGCUAAAGCUGAAAGAGGAACAACAGCAUGAAUUCAGUAACGUAUUGAAAGAGUUGGCCAAUGAGAAGACAGCCAAAGUUCAAGAGUCAGUAAAAGAUUUAAGGCAUCUUCAGGAUACAAAUAAACGUGGGGAUCGUUCACCUACGUGUGCUGAGAUAAAGGCCACCAAAGACAGGGGUACAUCGACAGACGAUCUUCACCAAACAAGGAACGAUAAGACUUCAAUGAGCUCUUUAGAUAUGGUAAACGAGUUAAGGCGCGAAAACGAAGGACUGAGACGUUCCUUUGAUGAACUUGAAAACGCACUCACAAAAGAUAAGAAAGAACUAACGGAAAAACUUCAAACACAGCAUCUCGACUUUGUAAUGAGCGCAGAGGGCGAAAUAAUUGAGAAACUACUAAAGCAGAAGUCGAGUCUUGAAGAGGCCCUCAACACCGAAAGAUUCUAUUUGAGUAGGCUAUAUUACCAGGAGAUGAAAGACGAAUUAGGGGACAUUCUUUCUAGAAGAACAGAAAAAAUUAAGAGGGAAUUCAACUGUGAAAAAAUGAACCUCAUUUUCAAAUACGAACGUGACAUUACGGAUUUGCAAAAAUUGCUUUCUGAGAAAGCGGAGCUGGAAAUGAGGUUACUUCAAGAAAGAAAUGACGUCACAGCAAAGCUGCUGGCUGCACAUAAAAAGGCUUCACCUGAAAAGAGUAAGAGAGAGCGGCUUAAAGAAAAAGAGAGACUCGAAAGAGAUAAAGAAAAUCUUGAAACUGCCAUUCCACUUAAGAAGGAAAUUGCUGCGCUACAGAAUAAACGCCAUCAAGAACACGAAAAAGCUGCUGCAAAUCUCAAGGAAGCUAUUGACCUGAUAAUGGACGUCAUGGCCAGUGAUCCGCUUACCACACCAGAAGACGUUAAGCCUUUUGAUAGUCUGAGCUUUCUUAGCCAGGAUACUACACGAUCCAAUGUAGUCUCGUCAGCGAACAAAUUAAAUGAGAACGGUUUUAAAACACACACCCAAGCUUUGCUAUUGCAAAACGAAAUUCACAACAGGGAUGAGCUAAGGAAAGCCUUAGAGAAACUCGUAGACACUGUAGUUAGCGAGGACGAAGAGUUCACGUGCGAAUCAGAGACAACGUCCGGUGCGAGUUCUGAUUUGGAGUCAGAAGAUUCAGGUACCGGCGCAUUAAACGGCGACAUUGACGAGGGAGCGUAUUCUGGGCCAGAAUCGAAUGAUGAUGAGAACACAUUGAACAUCAAGAAAAAGGAACUUGAAUUUGCCUUUAACCUCGAGAGGUUCAAUCUUGGAAGAAUUUAUUAUGGAGAAUACAAGGAUAGCUUGCGCAAAGCAAUGAAGAAAUUAGAACAGGCAAAAGAGGCUCUUCGCAGUAAAAGAAAGGAUUUGGAAAAAGAAAUGCUUAACGGAAUAGAAUUGGUUGUCAGCCGCACUCAUUUUGGAGAGGUUUCAACGCAAGCAUCAAAACGAGAUACAGGAACGCAAACAGUGAAGGAAUAUAUGUUGGAGAAGAGUUCAGAGGACUUAGUGGAUGGACAGGGGCUCUCAAAAAUAAAGACAACGGCAGUUACAAUGGAACCGCCGGAUGAGGAUGACAGUAGACGGACUGAUUUCCGGGAAAACAUGGAAGGUAAGCAAGAAGACAAGACAGACAACAAAGAACAAGAAAAAGAGAAAGGCAAACCAGAAUUACUGAGCUCUCCCACUAAAGACUGUAGUCGUCAAGAAAAAAGUCAAGUUGAAAAUGGCGAAAGAGACUCCCCUGCUACUGGUAAACGCGAUCUAGAGGGCAAGGGUUCGCCUACACCCGAAGAGGACAAAUAUAGUUCUGAUGAUCUCAUUACUUCUGACGGCACGAGUCUCUCAAGAGAAAGCAAGUAUCCGGCUGUUGGACAAGACCUUGAUACUAUUAAAGAAGAGCAAGAAGAGGAUGGUGAUUACGCUGGUGAAGCUCAUUUGCAAGAUUCCGAAAUCGAAGACCUGCUUUCCGCGGAGAAGAAAAGGGAUAGAGACGAAGGAAUUAAAAACGACGAUGUACCGCAAGAGCAAAUGGAAAUACAAAAACCAACGGAAGAGGCAACGCCCAUUUCCAGUAAACCUAAAGGGCAUCAAGGAGAUGAAAAGAAGGAAAAAGGCAAAGGUGAUGACACUGCCAUAACGAAUAUAGAAAAAAUGGUUGAAAAACCGGAUGAAGAGAAAGGAACAGACGCGGACGACGGAAUUUCUUCGAAAGAGGGAAUUUCAGAGAAGGCAAAAGAAGUAAAGGAUAAAUCUGCUGAUGGCAAGGAAGAUAAAGAUACCAAGGGCAGUCCUAUCGCGGAAACAGACGUCGUAGGGGACGAGGACAUGAGCACCAUCCAAAACACAUCCCAAGCAGAACCGUACAAUGAAAUGAAAAGGUACAAAGAGGAUCAAUCCGGUGAUGAAGGGGGAGAUAAAAAUGCCGAACAGGAAAUUCCAGUCGAAAUUGAUGGUGAGCCUGGAAUUCCAGAUGCAGAUGAAAAAAUUACUUCGCUUAAAUUAAAAACAGAUAAAGAGUCACCAGAAGCAUCAGUUAGCCAGGAAGAUGAAAAAAGUGAUGGAGACCUCAUCGAAGGCCAGUCUACAGAAGAGAAAGAAAAAAAGCCAAAAAAGAAACAAAAGGGAAUUGACAACGUUAUUAAAGGAGACAGUUCUGAAGAAACGGACCAUCUCGACGGUAUUCUAACAGGGGGUAUCAACGGUCAUCCCAGGGAAAAACACGAAGAAAGUUCACCAGAAGGCCACACAAGUGAAGGAGAGAAAAAUGUAGAAGUUAAUGAAAAACCAAAAGAAAAGAAAAAAAGGAAAAAGGGAAGAGGAAGGAAGGCAGUUAAACACAGCAAAGAAGACGAAAAAGAAGACAAAGUAGAAGAAACGGACGAGGAAGACCACAUGAAUGUUAAAGGAAGAGAAUCUCCUAUCAGCAACCAAGAUCUUAUUGAGGAGCUAACAGAAAAUAACAAAAUAUUGCAAGAUAAGUUCAGUCUCUUGUGUGAAUUAGUGGGCAAAGGAUUCGUUGAUGAAAUCCCAGAACUAACCGAUGAAAAUUACCGGAGGAGCCUAGACACACCACUAGACAGCGUACACGAGUUAUAUACCGAGAAAGAACAGCUCGCAAAUGAGAUUCAAACAAUAGAUUUGCAGAUAAAAGAGCUUGCGGAAAGUGGCAGUGAUACGAUAAAAGAGCUCAACGAAGACUUGGACAAGAAGGAACUGGAACUAAUGCAUUCCUUAGAAGAAACUGAAAAACAUCUUAAGAGGGACGAAGACAAGAAGCUUGUGGAACACCUACUGAAAGAGAAAGAGGACGUGUGCACUAAACUGGAUGAAAUUAAUAACAUUCUAAAUGAGAAGAAAGGGGAAAUGGAAGACUUAAGAAGUGAUGAUGGGCAUACCGUGCCUGGUCUCAUGUACAGGAAAGAUGUGCUGAGAGACGAUUUAACUGAAAAGACACGGGAACUGAAUUCUAGUAGAAAACUGUUAGAAACAGCGAGUCAAGAAUCAGAGAAAGAAAAAGAACAUUUGGAAAACUCCAUAAACAGUUUGAAUGUUCAAUUUGCCGCUUUACAGGAAUUUACCAAUUCUAGCCAUGGCAACUCCCAUUUAAGAGCAAGGCCAAAGAAUAAAUGGGUACCACCCGAAAUCGAGCAUUUGCUAAAUAGCAAAGCGGACGCAGAGCAUGAAAUAGGAGAGCUAGAUAAGAAGAUCGAGAAAGCAGAAAAUGAAAACAACAAGUAUCACAGAGUGUUAGAGGAACAAACAGAUAGGUUAAAGCCAUUUUACAGGAAAAAAGCCAGACUUGAGAAGGCUUUAAAAUUUGUUAAUCAACCAGGUGACGGAACCGAAGACCUGCCAACUAGAACUGCUGAAGAAAUAACAGAUGGUGCAGUCGAUGCUGGUGAAAAAACCCAAGACGAGUUACUUAUGGACGGAAAUAAAGUAAAUGUUCCAGAUCAAUACAUCUCUAAAAACCAGCGAAAGAUGGAACUCGAAUAUCAAAUUGAAGAAUUGAAUGCUGCUAUCAGGACUAUCGGGAUUCCAUUUGGCCUAGAUUGCGAACUCGCCGAGGAGAUCCCCACAGUUGAGAAGCUGCAAAUGAUUCAUGAAGCAAAGACGAAAAAAGAGGAAGACUUACAAGUUCUCGAAGCUGAAAUUAUUAACGAACAAAAUAACUUAAGAAGAGGUAGUUCCGUUGACCCUGAACAACUCAUUGAAAAGUUUAAACAAAAUGAAAAGUUGAAGAAAAAUAUUGCCAAAUAUUUGGAUUCUUCAAAGUUAGCGGAGGGAGAGCACAACGAUGUAAAACAGUUACAAAGUAUACUUUCUUCGAAGUAUAGCCUCGAAAAACAGGCUCAUUUGCUAGAUAGGCAGAUAUGGCAAGAACAGAGCAACUUUCUUGAGGCGUUUCAGUUCAAGAGGACUGGAAAGGUAAAUGCUGACUGUGGUUCUAAAAUCAAAGAGCUCUUAGACACCAAAGAUAAGUUAGUGGAAGACCUAGACAAUACCAAUGAAGAAAUACUGAAAAAUAUAAGUACUGGUGGCUUGAUGGGAACCCACGCUCAAGGUUUAGAGGAGUGUGUAGAGAGGAAGGUGAAACUGGAAGAGGAAAUUGCCAGACUACAGGAUCACAUUGCCGAUGAACCUGGCAGAGCAGCUGAGAGCUUAGUCAAUAUCAUUGAAAAGAAAUCGGACGUCAGUAAAGAUCUGAAAGGCGCAAAACGAAAAGAUGCAGAUGAAUUAAGUAGGGUGCAAAUAGAAAGUAGCGAUGACUAUUGCCGAUACGAUCCAAAAGAGGUAAACGAUACCUUUACCCAGGCAAUUUCAACCCGCGGAAAAGAAUCUGCGCCUAUAAUAGGAUGGGAAGAACUUCAUCAAAAACAACAUGAAAUGGAAGUAGUCCUCAAAGAGAAAGCAGAAUGCCUAAUAAGAGCAAAUAGAGAAGGAAAAGACCCGAGUAGUGACGAAGAGGUGGUCGAAAGCGUCAUUAGAGACAAAAUAUCAGUGGACAAGAAACUUCAAGAGGUUCGCGAGGAAAACAAUAGCAAGGAGGCAGUCUUUCCACCACAGGAAAUGAAGGAAAACGAGAGCAACCAAAGGUUACAAAUGGCAGAGGUGAAUGAUAAACGUGGAGAAAUGGAAGAUAAUCUUUCUAUGAAUGAGUAUCAACUAAACACUCUAUUGCAGAACGCUGGGUUGAUUGAUAAUGAUGUACAGAAGUUAGAGUCUCUUGUUAUUGAAAAAGUCAAACUCGAAGGAGAACUUGAAAGAUCUAAGUUGCUUCAAGACCUGUUCCUCAAGAAGAAAUAUUUACAAGAAAAACUUUGUAAUGAACAGCAACAGAGUGAUGAAUGCCAAAGAAACGAGGAGCUGAGGAGUGAGUUGCAAAAACUGAAUGCGCUUAUCGAUCGACGAGAAAAGGACGUAGAGAAAAUAAAGACUAAGAAAAACGUCACUAAGGAAAAAGUCAAGCACCUUGAAGAUAAAAAAGAAAAGUUGAAUAACAAGUUGAAACCUCUCACGAAAAGUAUCAUUAAAUUAGCAGGAGAAGUACAGGUACGCUUAGAGGAUGCUAAGAAAAAACUAAACGAACACGAGAAAUGCGCUGUUGAAGAAAGGCAAGCACUUCAAAACGAAUUAGAGGCCCUUCAAGACGAAAUUGACAGGUGGAGCAAAGAGGAGAAGGAAGUGGACAGAGAAUUGGAAAGUAGAAAGAACGAAUUAAGUGAAAGGAAUGGGAACCUGUUAAAUCUUGAGAAGUUGCUUAUUGAGAAGGAAAGUUUAAGAGAAUAUCUAACCGAAAUUGAUGCAACACUUGACAAAACCGAAAUGGAUACCGUCGAGCAGGCGAAUGUUACAAAUGCCCAAGAAUUGUCAGAAAGAAAGAAUGAGUUAGAGAGAAAGCUGGACGAAAUCAGAAAUAAAAAGUUAAAGAUUGAUGUUGAAUUUGAAACGGAAGAAAUAAGCGAGGCAAUGAAAGAACUCUUCCAAACAAUGGAGAAUCUAGAAGUAAGGGAAAGAGAAGUUUCUGACCAGAUACGUGAAUCGGGAAUUUUAGGCAAGCUGGCGGAAAGAAGAAAAAAUGGCGAGAACAAAGUAUCACGCUUCUUUAUCUACGGUAUCUUGGAAGCGAUGGGAAGGGAUGAAAAGACAGUAACCGAACUAUUAAAAGAAAAAGAAGAGUUGAAAAAUGCUGCCCAAAAAGAGAGAGACAACGUUAAUGAAGAGAUGGCAUUGCUGAAAAGCAAAGUUGGCAAAGAUCUCGCUAACGCAUUAAUACCAGCUUCUAUAAAAGCACAAACAGACAAAGAAAGCGAUUCCCUGUCAGCAAUAGACGAGAUUGAAAGUAGAGAAUUAACCAUCAGUGAUUUACUCAAAGAUUUUGAGGUGGAUAAUAAGCAGCUAAGGCUGAUUAACGAUGAGCUAAGCUCAGAGUUAGAAUCUCUUAAAAAUAAAAUUGGAGAGGAAUUAGCAAACGAACUCGGUCAGUUUCUACCAGAUAAACAUUCGCCAUUUUCCGACGUUGUUAGUGUGGUCCAACAGGAUGAAAAGACGUUGGAAGAUAUACUGGAAGAACAGAAUGAGAAAAUGCACGCAAUAGAAGACUCAGUCGGGAAAGAUCUCCUCAGCUCAAUUUUGUGGAUGAAAGACAACCCUCGCAGAGUAGAUGUUGUCGAUACUCCAAGGAUGCUAAUGACCCCUUCUAUAAUGGAAGAGUUUGACGAAGAUCUCGAAAAUGUCAUUGCUGUUUAUGAAAAGGAGCUUAAUAGUCUGUCUUGUAAGAAUGAUUUACUAAGGCAAAGGCUGGGCGAGGUCCUUCUACAGGACAUCCUUAGUUUAAGCAAAAACACUGAGAAGCCUGUACUAGCAUAUGGGACAGCAGCGGAUCCUUACUCGGAUGGCACGGUGAAUGAACAUGAACUUUGCACGCUUAAUAAAGAUAAAGACGUAUCAGAAUUUAACGCUGAUCAAGGUGCUGUCAAACUACCAGAAGAGGAAGUUAAUGGCAUCAAUGUUAAAACAACUGAUCCGGAAGCAGAUGGACGAGAGGAAGACGGCAUUGAGACCGAAGAUGGACUAAGAAGGGGAAGCACACUGAAGGACUCAAAGGAUGUCAAACUAAUACCAAAGCAUCAACAAGAGAGACAAGGAGAAGUCAAAAUGCGAGGCACCGACUUUAGGAGAGGCUCUGGGCCGCUUCCAAGUUAUGUUGAAAAUAAAAUUCCACCCAAACUUUAUUACAUAUGUUUGCCAUACUUUACUUAUCCACAUGAACAGAGCGUUUCUGCUUCAGCUGACGAGGAAAAUGUCCAAGGAUACUUAAGAGCGCCAAAGAUAAUGGAAGCUAGUGGCAAAACCCUUGGGGACGUUAUAGCCCAGUAUGAAAACGAUCUUCAGCGAAUACCGAAGGACUUGAACCCAGAAAGUUACGUCAGAGAUUCUGACACGAGUACGGACGUGGAGGUUGCGAUUUUUUCCCCAACACGACAAAGACGAACAAGUGCUACCCCACUAAGCACAGCUGAUACACCUGACGGUACAAUUCCCAAUGACAUUGUUGAAAUUGACAUGAAAUUGCAAGGUAUUGUUGAAACCCAAGACAAGAACCUAGGAAUGCUUCAACUCCUGAAAGAAAGACUUGGGGAAGAUCUUGUUGAUGCCCUGAUAAUUGAAACAGAUCACCCUAUAGAAGAUGAUGUCCAGACUAAUGGCAAGUUAGAUGCACUUAAAAUACCUGACAAUAUAGAACGUGGUGAGACAACUUGUAAAGAAUUGGUAGGAGAGCCACCAGACAAAGAUGCUCGCACAGAAAUGGGAAAACAUUCGAGUGGCCACGUAAGGCCGAGAAAAAUAUCAAAGGCCUCAAUAGACAAACCAAAGGGAGGAUCGAUAGAGCGGAAAGAGGAGAAGGCAAGUGUAAAGAAAAUAAAGGCACCCAAUAUUGUUCUUGAAAAUAAAACAACCUUAGGUGACGUCAUAGCGUCUUACGAGAGGGUGCUAGAUUCAUUGCAGUCUAAACUGGGGCCAUCUCUGACUAGAACAUUGGUUACAAUGCAAGACCCGACUGCUCUAGAACGGGAAGAUGCACAUAACAAGGAGAAGGCAAGGAAAACAGAGGAAAAGACCUCUGAUCAAUACGAUGUAAAAGAACAUGAGAAACAAAUAGUAGAUGAGCAGGCUAAAGAAAUUUCUGAAAAAAUAAUGGAAACAUUGCCAGAGUGUGGAACUGGUACGGGAGAAAGGACCACUCAAACAUCACUAAGAGCCCCUGAUAUCAUGGAAACAAGUGGAAAGACUCUUGAAACAAUCAUUGAGGAUUACGAAAAACUACUUGAAAUAGAACUUAAGCAAAUGGAAAAUGAAGUAACUACAUUAAAGGAAAGGCUGGGAAGCGAUUUGUAUAAAUCAAUUAUAAACACGAAAAACAGGAACGACGACGUAGCUGUAUCUGACACAGCAGUUACUUUCCCAAACGAAAAUGAAACGUACUACGUAAACCCAGUGGCACUUAAAAGUGAAUCUGUAGAAGGCGAAGUUGGCGUAUCAUCAUUCGAUCUUAAAGCAAAAUCAUUACUAGAACAAAAGGGUAUGACUGUCGAGGAUAUCCUGAGAAGUUAUGAAAAGCAGCUGGAGGCGCUCUCAAAACUAGUUCCCAACGAAGAUGGGAAAGGCGACUCCAUUGCGGACCUCGUUUCCAGCUACCAAGACAAGAUUGACGACUUAGAGAGCGAAAACAAAACCUUUUCAGAUCGAAUUUCGAAACUAUCUGAACGUAUAGGACCAGACCUUGUGGAUAAAUUAGAAUGCAUGGAAGAUGAAGACUACGACGUUAGAGAGAAUGACGGCCUAAAUGCACCAAUAGUUAUGAGAAAAGAGGACAAAACGCUGGAGAAUGUGGUAAGGAAUUACGAGAAAGAGCUCAGUGUUUUGAGAAACAUGCUUCCAACUGAAAGCGAAGAGAUGAGUUCUAUUUCUGAUAUUGUCAAAGAGUAUGAAGACAAAAUUGACGAUCUAAAGAACAGAAACGGCCUACAGAAAGAACAUGACAGACUUGUCGGGAAAAUUGGCAAUGACCUCGUAGAAGACAUAUUGUCACUGAAGUUGACGGAAGCCGAAACUGAGAGAGGAGGUUUAGCUCAUUCAGAGUUAUCAGAAAAGGAAGGCAAUAAUAACUUAAGAGAAUCUUCUCGACUGAAUGCCCCUUUUAUCAUGGAUAAAGAAGACUCGACUCUAGAGCAAGUUUUGGAAACAUACGAGAAAGCGCUUGGAAUACUUCCUUACUCACGAGGUGAAGUUAGUAGGUUUGGCAUUAACCAAAUACCCUCCCUUGAAGAACUCGAAAGAGAGAACAAAAUUUUCAGAGACGCUUUGGGCGGCGGACUAGCAGCAAACCUGAUAGCGAAAGCAGGCGAAGGCGUUUCAGAAAAAGGUGAACUGAAAGUUUCGUCGAAGGAAGAUGACAAUGGUGAAAACAAACUCCCCUAUCAAGAACAGGAAGAAAAUGAAGCACCUUUUUCUAAAGACGAAAGACACCAGCUUAAGGCAUUGAAAGUAAUGAAAGAGGAGGACACUACAAUCGAAAGAAUCUUAAAGAAUUACGAAAAUGAGAUAGCAGCGUUACAUAAAUUAUUUCCCAGCGAGACAAAUGAAGCUUCAUCAGUGUCUGAUUUGGUAAAGGAGUACGAGGAUAGGAUAGAGGAACUGGAGAAUGAAAAGGCUACUCUCUUAGACUUGCUGGGCGAACUUACGAACACUAUGGGUCCAGGGCUUAUGGAUGAACUGCAACAUCUAAAUACAAGUGACAACGAACGCGAACAGACACAAUUGGGAGGUGAAAAGCGUUCCGAUCUAGCGGCACCUAAGAUGAUUAGAAGUGAAGACAGAACGUUGGAACAAGUUUUGAAAAUUUACGAAAAUGAGCUUGCUGCUCUACGAGAAUUAACGCAAAACCAUGGAGAUAUGGCCAGUUCCCUUUCAGAUAUUAUUAAGAGUUACGAAGACAAACUGAAAGACCGUGCCAAAGAAAUCACUUUUAUAGAAAACAAGUUCCUUGAGCUGCAAUCAAAGAUUGGUAGUGACCUCGUGGACGAACUUGAUAACCUGGAAAUAAGAAAAGCUGAAAAGGACAACACCUUUCUCAAAGCGAGUGAGAAAGAGGACAGAAUUGGCAAGAAAGAGGCAGUAAAGCUUAGAGCUCCCGAUGUCAUGAAUGAGAAGAAAUUACCUUUGGAAGACAUUCUGGCAAUUUACGAGGAAGAUCUUUGCAGCCUUAAAAGAGAAAACAAAAUAUACCAGGAAGGCCUUGGUCAGAGCAUUGCUGAGGAGUUGCUAGAUUUGGCAAAGAAAGAAGAAAGUUCUCGUUCUAAGGAUUUUGAUCAACAGAGGAGCGGAAGCGGAGCGGAACCUAACGCGACGCUGAAGGAAAGGAUCAGGGACAAUGCGAUGAGUGCAAUGAGAACUGAGGAAAAAGGUUAUGAACUCAUGAAGCAACCAUCUAAGGAAGACCCUGCGUGCGCAGUAAAAGAUGAUUUACCUUCAGGUACAGGCGGAUUAGAAGCUAUGAAUCUCUUGAGAGAGGAAGGUAACAAUAUUGAAAGAAUACUGAGUAUUUACGAAAAAGAGAUACAAGCACUAAGAAGGCUGGCAUCUGAAGGAAUUGGGGAGAAAAUGUCUGUCUCAGACCUAAUCAGAGAUUACGAAGAUAAAAUCAAUGAUUUGGAAAUGAAGAACGCGGUGUCUAAGGAAAAGUUAAACCGUCUUCAAAAUCGAGUAGGUCAGGACUUAUUUUACGACCUGGAGAAUAUGCAGUCAAGAGAGAAACCACAAGGAGACGAAAGUUAUGAGGUUGGUAAAAAGUCUGAUUUAGAAGCACUAAACAUGUUUAUCAGUGAAGAUACCAACUUGGAGAACGUCCUAAAAAAUUAUGAGAAGGAACUAUCAGCUUUGAGGAAACUCCUUCCCAUCCAAAACGAUGAAGGAAGAUCAAUGUCAAAUAUCAUCAAAGAAUACGAAGAUAAGAUGGAAGAAAUGAGAAGAGAAAAUGAGCGUUUUAAAAGUGAACUCAAAGUACAACACAAGAUCGGAGCUAAUCUUCUUGGCGACAUCAAGACCACCAGUUCAAGCGAUGCUGACGAAGGAGAAAAUGAAGGCGGACGCGACAUUUUAGGAGAACUAAAAGCUCCAACAAUAAUGAAAGACAACGAUCUGACUUUGGAAAAUGUCAUUGCUUCUUAUGAAAAAGAUAUCGAGGACUUGUCAAGUGAGAACAAAACGUUGACGGACAAUCUUGGCCCAGGACUUGCCGAAAUGUUGCUUAGUUCGGCAGGUAAGAAAGAGCGACCGGCCCUAACUGGUUAUUUUGCACCCACUGAUACAACCAAAGUUGAUGAUAAAGUUAUAACAGAAGAGGGAGAAAGCCAGAAACACGAUUUUGAAGCUGAGGACAAGCAGGACGCAAGUGACAUUAGAGGUCGGCCACUUGACAGAAACAAUAACAAUGAAAUAAAAUUUGGUACAGAUUUGCCUCCUCGCGUUUUUAAAGCCGAAUCUCUUAUAAAAGAUGAAGGGAAGACAAUCGAGAACAUCCUUCGAGACUACGAAAAGCAGCUUGAGGUCCUUACAGAAACAGAUCCUGACAAUAAGGAGGAAUUUAUUUCAAAACAAAUGACAAAGUAUGAGGAUGUUAUCGAGGGUUUGGAAAACAAAAACAAUAACCUCGUUAAAAGGCUGGAAAAUUUAGAGAAGACAAUUGGAAUAAGUCUUUUGAACGCGAUGGAGAAGAUAGGACUUGAAGAAACUGAAAAAUUGAAAGACAAUUGUGAUCAAGAAAUGGACGAUAAUUUAAUGGUUCCAGAAAUUAUGAAAAAGGAGGGAAGAACGUUAGAGAAUGUAAUAAAGGCAUACGAGAGGGAGCUCGAUGUUCUGAGAGAUUUUAUUCCAAGAGAGGAUGGAAAUAGAGGCGCUAUUACCGACGUGGUGAAGGACUACGAAGAUAAAAUGGAUAAACUUAAAAGAGAAAAUAAGCAAUUGACAGUUGACCUUGGAAGCCUAGAGGAAAAAAUUGGUCGUGAUCUUGUUAACGAUAUCAAGAUGCUGGAAGGAACUGUCAUCGUUGAAACCGAGGCCAAAGAGCUGAAGGCAGGUGAGUCGCAAAAAAACUUAAAGGUCACUAAAAUCAUGGAAGUUAAAAGGUCAGCGUUAGAAGAUGUGUUGCAAACGUAUGAAGAUGCUCUUGGAACAUUCUUAAGCGACGCGUCGAACUUCAUUGAUGGCCCUGAAGGUAUUGUGUAUGACCAAAGCAGCAAAAUGAAUGAGCUAGAAGAAGAAAACGAUAUCCUUAAAAGAGCUGUUGGACCUGCUCUUUCACAAAAGCUAAUAAAUAUCGGAAAAGGUGAUGCUGAAGCUACCGAAAGCGAGAAGAAGGUCUCUGAGAAUGAUACUAAUGUCGAAUAUGAACUUGACGGCAUCACAGAAUUAGAAACAGGCGUAAAACAGCAGUCUCCUGCGCAGAAUACGGUUGCAAAAGAGGAAUUCAAAGUUGAAAGUCUUGUUAGAGAAGAAGGAAGAACUAUAGAGAAUGUUUUAAAGAGCUAUGAAGAAGAACUUGAGACUUUGAAGUCAGUAGUUCUUGACGACACAGGACAAGCAGCGGAAACGUUUUUAGACUUGAUAAGAAAGUAUGAAGCCGAGAAAGAGAAACUUGAAAGGACAAACAAGAGCUUGAUAGAGAGGCUAGAAUUCCUGGAGAAACAGAUUGGCCCUGACCUGAUCAACGACAUAGAAAAAAAACGAAAGGUUCCUUUGAGAGACGACAGAAGCGAGAUAAACGCUCUUGCCCUUAUGCAAGAGGAAGAAAGAACUCUGGAAACGGUAAUAAGAUGCUACGAGAAGGAACUCGACGCGUUACGUAAAAUGAAUGUUAGCCAACAGAAGGAAGGAGAUGUCUCAAUAUCAGAUCUUAUCAGUGGCUACGAAGGCAAACUAGAUGAUCUCAAGAACGAAAACAAGUUACUUAAAUAUGAUUUGCAUAAGAUGAAAGACAAGCUUGGUAGCAACCUUGCCGAGCAUAUUAAGGGACUGCAUGAUAAGGCGGAAAGUGAAGCCGAGGUAGAAGACAAAGAAGAAAGGAUGGCCUCAUAUGGCUCGUUAGAAGCUGCAGACAAAACAGCAGACGGGACACAUGGAGAGGAACUGCACGAAGUAGUUGGAGAAAAGAAACGUUUACUGACCACUGGAAGCCAAGAGAAUGACAACAGAGUGCCAGUCUCAUAUGACUUAAAAGCGAAAAAUUUAAUCAGAGAUAAGGGGAUGACAAUUGAAAAUAUUUUGAAGAACUACGAACAACAAAUUGAAGCCCUUUCUAAACUAACUUCACAAGAGAAAGAUUCGAGCUAUACCAUCGCCGAUCUCGUGACAAAUUACGAAAAGAAGAUCGAAGACUUGAAAGCAUCAAACAGCGUCUUAGAAGAAAACAUGGGAAUCCUCGCGGAGAAAAUCGGAAAAGACCUCGUGAGAGCCCUCGAAGGUGAAUUGGGGAAUGAUGAAGAAAGAGAUGGAUAUAGGGAUUCGGGACAGCAGCAAGAAGACCGUGCAAGGUCAAGGUGGAAAGCAUUUCAGAAGAUCAAAGAAGAUGAAAAGACCCUAGCCGACAUCAUAGAAAACUAUGAGGAUGACUUAGAAAGAUUGCAAAGAGAAAAGAGUGCUAUGGAGGCUUUGCUUAACAAUGAAAAAGACGGACAGUCUGCCCUUGACGUAAUAUCCCAAUAUGAGGAUGAAAUUCAUUGUCUCAAGGACACUAACAAGGAGAAAGAAAACAAAUUAUCGACAUUAAUUGCAAGAAUCGGUGAUAAUCUUGCUACGGACAUCCUCACUCUUCCUCAAGGCAAGGAACCAAUCGGCAGUUGUUCUUUAGGGGCGCUUAGAGUUAUGGCAUUACAUGGUAAGCAGCUUUUUGCCGUUUUAAUUCAGUACGAAGAUGACCUCAUGAAACUUACAAGGGAAAACGAGACCCUUAAAGCUGUCGCGAGCAAAGACGAAGUAGACGGGAAAACAGUUACCAGUCUUGUUUUGGAAUACGAAGAUAAGUUUCAACAGCUAAUAAAGGAGAAGAACGAUUCCGAGUUCAGUCUUCGUAUGAUAACUGAGAAAAUGGGUGAGCCUUUGGUAAAUGAAAUAACCAAUACAUGCAACGAAGAUAAGCCCACAUCUGUUAAUGCUGUUAAGAUCAUGAAAGACGAGAAGAAGACCCUUGCUGACGUCAUAGAGAAAUAUGAAAAUGAACUUGCUAAACUGGGCGCAAUAAGAGAUCUGGCCACCGAAGAUGCAGAAACGAAAUCCUUUAUAGAAAAGAUUUCAGAGUAUGAAGAUGAAAUUUCUCUUUUGACUAGAAAAAUAAAAGAGCAGACUUUGCUGGAAAAGAAGGUAGGCAUAGAGUUUUCAAAACAGCUGACAGAGUUGGCCAAAUGUGGAACAGGGGAAAUCAAGGAUGCUGUUUCUUUGAAAGCAGUGGCAAUAAUGGAAAGGGAAAAAGAGUCGACAGUCGCGGAUGUUUUAAAGGAAUACGAAACGGAUUUGGAAAAUAAAAAUCAUGAGAUAUCUGUACUAAAAGAAUUAAUAUCAAGUGAUAUGCUUGAGAUAGCAGCAUCUCAAGAAAGCGAAAUACAUGAGCUGAAGAAAGUAAAAGAAAUUCUGGCCAAUGAUCUUGAUGUAAUCACCGACAAAGUAGGCAAGGAGCUAGUGAGAGAAAUUCUCAAAAAAUCGUCUGGACAACCAGAGUUCGAAAAAGACAAAUUGUAUCGAGAUGUGGUCGAAAGAAUGAGUAAGGAUGGAAAACCACUUGAGAGAGUUAUAGAGGAGUAUGACCAAGAAAUAAAACUCAUGAUGGGCAAAAACGAAGAGCUGAUUAGGAAAGAGGGUCUGCUUACAGCAAAAAUUGGUGAAAGGCUUAUCGUGGAACUCCUAAGUUCAGACGUACCAUAUAAUAGCACUGAUGUGGAAAUGAAACCACUAUUUGCAGCAUCAGAAGUGAUGUUAACCGAAAAGAAAACUUUAGCUGAAGUUGUCUUGGAUUAUGAAGAAGAAAUUGCUAAAUUAAAGAGAGAAAAUGGAGCUCUACGUGUAUUCACUGAGGAAUCCUCCCAGGACACUUCGGUCAUUGACGCUAUAACCAAUUAUGAGGAACAAAUUGAGAAAAUAGGGGGCGAGCAAAGAGAAUUGAUGAAUCGAUUGCACAAAAUAACUCAUCGGGUGGGAGUGGGGUUGACUAAAGAGUUGCUUAAACUCCCGGAUGACGUAUGCGAGAGUAAACCAGAAGCUACUAGCCAGUUAACAGCAUUGACACUACUUAAGGAAAACAACUUCAGCUUAACCGAUGUACUGCGAAUGUACGAGACAAAGUUGAGAGGCGGUGAUGAAGUAGAUUUGGGGCCCUUGGAUUCUAGAAAUGUGAUGACGGAGGACAUAAAAUUUGCGCACCUUGUCCGCCUGGAAAGUGAACCUCAAGCUAUCAUUUCAGGGGAAGGAAAUUCUGAGAUGUCUAGAUACCUACAAGGAAACGAGUUUGAUGGGGCCAUUCCGCGCGAUGGUAACGCUUUAAAUAAAGCUUUGUUGCAAGAACACGACCAAAUGAAAAUGCUUGAAAAAAUAAACGCUGCACUCUCUGAAAAAUAUGAACAGUUGUCAAGGAAAGUUGGCAAGGAAUUGUCGCAGGCGCUAAUGAGAUCACCAGAGGAUAAAGAACAGGAAGGGGAAGCAGCGAUUACAACAGCUGAAGACCUCGACGCUUUCGAUGACAUAAAUAAGGAGAGGGCAACAAUAGCUGAGGUUUUAGAAAGCUACGAGAGAAGAUUGAAAGGACCAUCGCAAAGUGACAUUGGCACACUUGGUAAUGGUCAAGUCAAAGAAGAAGAGAUAAAGCCUGCUCGGUUGGUGCGUGCUAAUGAAAUUGUGGAGGAAAUCUGUGAUAUCAAUGACACAGAGAUUGUUAGUCAUUACAAGGCUCUGAAUGAGGAAGACGCUCCCGAAGUUCCGGGGUUCUGGGAUAUGGAUAUUACGUUUUUAGUCGAAGUCGUUGAACACCCAGGUGAAUCAGUGCUUCCUAUCCCAGAUAAGGAAGUGAUCCACGAGGAAGUGACGAAAGUAGAGUUACCGCAACAUGAAAGAAACCUUAGUUGUGAAAAUCUAGAAGAACUCUUUGAUAGUGAAUUCCCAGUCGAAAACAAAAGGGGUACAAAACUGACAGAAACUAAAGCAGUGGAAGGCGAAACAAUGGGUACUUUAGAGAGAAGAAUCAUGGAGCUUGAACAGGAAUUAGAAACACAGAAACUGUUAAAGGAGAAAUAUGAAAAAGAUGUCCAUGAUCUGCUCAAAGACAUCGUUGACCUCAAAAUGCAGCAGGUGGACGGCGAUUCGAAAAACCUGGAAGAGACGCGGAGAAAGAUACAAGAAGAGGUCGAUCUGAAGCAGGAUAACAAGCGGCUGCAUGAAGAAUUGGAAGAUGAAAAGCAGAGGCGAUUGUCCAUGGAAAAAACCAAAGGCGAUUUGUCAGAAAAGUUAGACAGCCUGAUCAAAGAAAAUGAGUUGCUUCGCAAAAAACAGAGCGAUGCUCAGAAUGUGUCUGAAAAUGAACGCGCUGAAGAAAUCUGUCACAUUGGUGAGACAGAAAUGGCUAGCGAUUACAAUAUUUCCCAAAUUGAUUUAGAUCAAAACAACGAGAAUGAAACUGACAGCCGUGCGUUUACAGAAGAGGAAGUAAUAAAAGUAGGGUUGCCAGAGUAUAUGGAUACCUUAAAUCCUGACUUUGUGAAAAGCCUUUUAGGAAACGACUUUCAAUUGGAUGGGUCAGGGAAUGUCUGUGAAAUAUCAGACUCGAAAACGACAGAAAGUAAAGGCGAGUUUAGGGUAGGAGAAAAACUAGAGACCUUUGAGAAAAAGAUAAAAGAGCUUGAACAGGAACUACGAAACGAAAAACGUUUGAAAGAGAAAUAUGAAAAGGAUAUUCAGGAUCUGCUGCAAGACAUUGUCGAUCUAAAAAUGAAACAACCGGAAAACGAGGAAGAAAGCCCUGCUGAGACGCGAACCAAGAUACAGGAAGAUGUCGACCUACGGCUGAAUAAUAAGCGGCUGCAAGAAGAUUUAGCUAAAGAAAGAAAAAGAAGACUAUCCAUCGAAGAAAGCAAACGGGAUUUGCUAGACGAGGUGGACACUUUAAUGAGAGAAAGGGAGGUAUUUCUUCAACAACAGAAUGAGACAAAAAUGGACGGGAAACUAGUGGAGGAAAUGAUCAGUUUAAGAAAGAAAAUUGGAGAGCUGGUUACAAAGAACAAAAAUUUAAACAAAGAAGUCGAAGAACUCAGAGAGUCAAUAAAGGAAAUGGAAGUAUGCCACGAAGAGGAGAAAAGUCGGCUGCUGAUGAAUUUCGAGACAGAAAAGUCCGCCAUGAUGGACGAGCUAGUGACGUCAAAAAGCGAGCUUGAAAACCAGUUACAAGAGUUACUUGCAAUGAAUGACGAUCUUAAAAGAACCAUCAAAAGUCUUCUAGAGGAGCUCAAGGAAUCAAAUGAAAAGCUAGUAACAGAAGGAGAGAAACAUGACAAAACGUUAUGCGAAGAGAUCAAACAGCACCAUGCAGAGCAAGUCGGAGCAGCAUCGCUGGAAGAAGUAGAAGAAAAGGAUACAAAUGCAGCCCACGAAAGAAUGAAAAAUGAAAACUUGAAAGAACACCUCGAUGAGCCGGAAAAUGCCCUGCAACAAACGUUAAAUAGGUACCAAGGAGAAAUUACGUCUUUGGAGACAGAAAGAGCCAAGAGCGACGAUGAAUUACGACAAGAAAUCGAGAUUUUGAGAAACAAGCUUGAACGGUCGAAAGCCUCAGCCGAGCAGCAAAGAAAAGAUUUUGAAAACGUUCUCGCAAAAGAAAAAGAACGCAUAAAGGAUGACUUAGAAUUAGAACUAGCACGGGAGAAGAGGAAGCUGAAACUUGACUUUGAAGAUAGAGAAGACACUUAUGGCAGAGAAAUAAAAAAGCAUUCAACAGAUCUCCAAGAGCAAGAAAAGAAGUGGAAUAAAGAAAGAGAGGAAAUGCAAGAACUCUUCCGCAUUGAAAAAGAGAAAUUACAGAAAGCUUUUGACGAAGAGCUUAGAAGUAAAAUGGCCCAGAAAGAAGAACAAAACAGACGAUCAAACGAGCAGAUGAACCGCGAGUUUGAGAAAGAAAAAAUGGAGAUCAAGGCAACCAUCGAGAAAAAGAUUUACGAGCAGCUAAUUGACAAAAAUAUUGCAGCGGAAACAGACUUCCGUGAUGUCCUUUCCAAAAUCCUACAAGAACAUUCUAAAGAAAUCGAGGGGGUAGAGGACGAUAUACGAAAAGCCGAGGAAAGGUUUCACAAAGACAGAAACAGGUUAAUUGAGCAAACUGAUAAGGAGAAAGAGGCUUUAAAGAAGACCCAUGAAGAAGAAAAGAAAGCCCUGGAAUCAGCUGUUCAAAAUCUGUUGAAAGAGGUCGUAAAACUGAAGCAUCAAAGAAAAGAAAUGCGGAUGAUUCACAAGAAGGAGAAAGAGAGCCUUGAGGAAAUUUAUGAGCGAGAUCGAGUAAAGCUUAAAGAAGACUGGGAUAGGUAUAAGGAGGAUUUACUAAGGAAAGUACAAGGUGAAUUUGACUGCAAAUUAGAAAAUGAGACCACAAAACUUGAAACUAGGUUAGAAGAUAUGAAACGAGAGAUGCAAAAGUCAGCACAGAGAGCACAAGAGCUGGAGGGUAUUUUGAGGGGAAUACCUCGUGAAAAUGAGCAACGAGUAUCAGACGGAGAUUAUAGUCAAGGAAUAGUGGUGAAAGAAAGUGAAGAACAGUUGAAAGAAAUAAAGUCAGCGAAGAAAAAACUUGAAGAGGAAUACGAGAAGAAGCUCAAGGCAGAGAAACGAAGGUUUGAAGAUACACUGCAAGCUCUCCGGCGUGAGAUUGGAAGCUUGCAAGAAAAGAGAAGACUUAUCCAAGACAAGCUUUACAACCAAGAUCCAUCUGUUGUGGACAGACAUGUCAUGGAAAAAAGUCUGGCGAAUUUCAAAAUGGAGAUGCUUUCUAAAAUGGAGGAAGAAGUAUCACAAAAGAUAGCGCGGGAGAAAAAACCGCUCGAGGAAACAAUAAGAGAGCUUCAAGAUGAGAAUGAAGAACUUAAAAGGCAAAGAUGGGAGCUAAGAAACCAGCUUAGGAGGGAGCGAUCUAAGUUAGAGGAACAGUUCGAACAGGAGAGAGAAACAAUGGAAAGGCAAUUCUUAAAAGAAAAAGAGGAAUUAAAGAACAAGUUGGAGGUUAGGAUACAAAGAGAAAUGACAAAGAGAACAUUGGAAGAGAAAGUCACAAGAGCCCUCAGUCCAAGUUCGAACGUAUGUUUCAUGAAGUUGAUUGAAAACUGUAAGGCUCCCAUGCAUUGCUAACCGUGUCACAAACAUAUCAUAGCUCACUUUAUAUAUCCGCUUUCAACGUGUUGGUAUCACUUAAAUGUCUUGUCUCAAAGUUUGAAUACUUUCUUCCCUCAGUUUAGAUGUGAGUGUCUUUGGCCAGCCUCGACUAUGCUUGACUACAUACGGGUGGAGGCUAAUGUAAUAUGUUUUGUGAAUUACGGAGUAAAGUUCUGAACCUGAAGAAAUCGAUGGAACACACUCUGCAAAUUAAAUGUUUUUCCAUUUCUAUAAUAGGAGUCCCCAUACAGUUCACAAGAAUCACCUAGAAGACUGAGAUCAGAAAACAUGACCUUAAGAGACGAUAAACAUCGUCUAGAGUUAGAAGUGAGGCAACUUACCAGCAAACUUGAGAGUCUUGAAUCAAGCUUCCAAGAAAUGAUGUCUUCUGAGAAGGAAAAGGUAUGUUAAAAUUAAAGACGCCAGUAAGAAUUGGAAAUUAAAUCAGUUAAAAAACAUUUCUAUCACGUAACAAAAAAUGAUCAAAUUAAAAAAAGUUAUCGCACAAGUGAAGUUUCAUUUUCUCAUAUUCCUCAAAAUGAGUAUUCUUGCAUUGCGGUUGGAUUUAUGAAUGACACCGAAAUUCAAAACGGAAACUCUAAACGUUUGAGACUUUAUAUUCGUUGUUUUCUGACAACAGAGACCCGAGCAGGUACAGCUGACGUCGCAUGAGAGUUAAACACAGCUUUCGUUCGAUUUGGAAGUAGAUUUACGUUCUAUAAAUUUGUUCGUCUUUUAGGUUGAAAAAAUGAGGAGGAUUCAAGCAAAAAUGCCCAAGAAGGUAACUACGAUGUAAGAAAUCCCGAUAAUUUAACAUGACAUGAGACCAAACGACGUUAUCCCGCAUGACUGAUCAAAAAGACCUUUCAGUAACAGACUAAAUCAUAAUUCGAGGAUUUUGACUCUAUACAAGGAUGGUUCAUUAAUUUUCCCAAUGGCUUCAGCGGUUUUAGUGACAAAGUGUAGCUAGAAUCGUUCAAUGACACACGAGUAGAACUAUUCACCUGUCAUCCUUGUUUAACCAGGGUCGCUCGAAAGAUAGCUGGCGCAGGAUAUUUACUUUGGUUAUAACCAGAGUUAAGCCAAAUUUAAACUAAAAUUUCUUUGUUCAAAAAGUUUUACUGGUGGUUAUAAAGUAAUGAAGGAGUUUGACGCAGAGAACUAAUUCGGCUCAUUAAGAAUGAAAUGCCAUAUCUUGACAGUUGUCUGACAUUUUUAUCCUUAAGGGUUCACUAACCGCCAAUUUAAGCAACUGAGCUCAGAUACAUUCAGAUACACCAGUGGAAUUGCAGUAUGUGCCUGCCUAUCCUUUUGAUAAAAUUUCAUCAGUGAGUAGCACUUCCUGGCAAUAAACAUCCGAAGGAUGUCAAUAGUGGCACUUAAUCGAUAGCUGACCUGAAACCUUAAACAAGCGCAUGCGAUGGAACCCAAUCACUUAUAAAAGAAAACGUUUCUCCUAAAACCUCAGACAAAAUAGUUGUAACCCUUGGUUGAUUUUCCCGACUCCACCAUUACAAAUUUGCACAUCGCUUGUACUUUGCGAAAGCGCGCCCUAAAAGGCAGGGACGAGAGGUCUGCACUGUUUAUGUUAUCUAAGAAAAUCAGAAGUUUCCAAAGGAUGUUUGACCGAGGCUGUAGAACUUAGAGAAACUGAAUUUUGUUCUGACCGCAUGGGCAACCUGUGGUUAACAACCUUCAUUUUUAUCCACAGGUCACCUUCUCAGAAGAAGUAGAGACCAGAAGCAUGGAACAUCCCACAGGUGACCAGAACGAGACUAUACUUCAGGAAUUAAGAGAAAGGGACAGUCAAGUUAGAGAACUCUUGGAGGCUAAAUACUUUUAUGAGGUUCUCUCUGAACUCUGUGAGGAGGCUGGGCUCUUUGAACUUGAUCAAAACGAAAUUAUCUAGACUUAGCUAAUGCCAGGAAUCAAGAGUCAUUUUUCUGCCCAUAGCAACCUAUAAUUAUGUGUAUACUUUUUGGUCCGUUUUGUCAUACGUAUGUUCAUUUUGAUACAACAAUAAGGUUAAAACAACAACAUCAACA